AAUGCAGUUGCAAUAGGUGUUUUAAUAGGUCUAAUGUUUCUAGCGUCUCUCCCACGCAGGCACGCAGGCACGCAGGCACACGCAAGCACAUCUCAUCCUUGAGCUGAUGUAGUAGAAGGCAUUCGGUCUACCCAUCCGUUUGCCUGAAUGAAAUUUAUGAUGCAGGGGCUGUGGUGUGCUAAUGGCGCCAUCAUCUACGUGGAGAAGACUAGGCGUUCUGUCGCUCUUAAGGAGAAGGACAUGCGAGUCAGUUCGUGGGAUUAAUUAACAUUCAGCAGAGGUUAAUGUAGUAAAACAUUGAGAUCAACAAUAUGGGUUGUAUGCUUAAUUGUCUGAAAAUACACGCAUCUCAACCAUUAACCACGCCAUUCCCACACAGGCUGCACGGCACGGAGACAGGGAUACUACUGGUUUUGUAAAAAAAAAAAAAAAGUUAAAAAAAAUAAAUAAUAAAUAAAUAACUGCAGCACGCUAUGGUCUUCGCGGAGAAAGACUGCCCAGGCCAACUUUCGCCGACAGACAGCAGCUCAUUGGUGUGUGGUUGCAGCUGAGUGGAAGAGGGGGAUGGGUGUGCUGCUGGUGUGGGCAGUGCUGCUGGGGUGCUAUGGCCAGUCUCUGGGCGGAGUUCUGUACCAGCUCCAGGAGGAGCAGCCUCCCAGCACUCUGAUUGGCAGCCUGGCCGCAGACCAGGGCCUCCCAGACUCUGGCCACCUGUACAAGCUGGAGGUUGGUGCCCCCUACCUGCGAGUGGAUGGUAAAACCGGAGACAUCUUCACCACAGAGACGGCAAUCGACAGGGAGAGUUUGAGGGACUGCCGCAGCCUGCUGAAGGCUGAGCCUUGCUUUCUGGAGUUUGAGGUGUCCAUCACGGAUCUGAACCAAAACCAGAGCCCGCGACUCAUCGAGGGGCGCAUCCAAGUCCUGGAUAUGAACGACAACACGCCACAGUUUCCCUCGCCCAUCCUGACCCUGUCCAUUCCAGAGAACACCCACAGCGGGGCGCUGUUCCCCAUCCCACUGGCCACUGAUCGCGACGCGGACGGGAACGGGGUGGCGGAUUACUCUCUGACCACAGGGCCAGACGCACUGGCGCUGUUCGGCCUGCAGGUGGCAGAGGACCGUGGGGAGAAGCUGCCGCAGCUGGUGGUUGUGGGCAGCCUGGACCGUGAGCAGAAGGACUCGUAUGAUCUGAGCAUUAAGGUGGUGGACGGAGGGAACCCUCCACGCUACAGCAGCGCCCUGCUCAGAGUCCUCAUCACUGACACCAAUGACAACGCACCUCGUUUUGAGCAGCCCAUGUAUGAAGCCGAUCUGCCAGAGAACAGCCCCGUGGGUCACUCUGUGCUUCAGGUGAGGGCUGAUGACUCAGACAUGGGGCCAAACGGGGAGAUCGAGUACAUGCUGCACCAGGCCACUGACGCCACACAGAGGCUACUGCGCAUCGACCACUCCACCGGCAUCAUCUCCGUCAGGGGGCACGUGGACCGGGAGGAGUUUAGCUCCAUGAAGUUUUAUGUGGUUGCCAGGGACAAGGGGUCUAUGCCUAAAAGUUCCAAAGUCUUUGUUGCCAUUAAUGUAAAGGACCAGAAUGACAAUGCCCCCACAAUUGAGAUCAGAGGAAUUGGCUUAGUCAUACACCAGGACGGCGUAGCGAACAUCUCUGAGGACAUGCCCAUUGGCACUGCGGUGGCCCUGGUGCAGGUGUCUGACCGGGAUGAGGGGGAGAACGCGGUGGUCACCUGUGUGGUGGCGAGGGAUGUCCCUUUCCAACUGAGGCCGGCUGGGGACACACCGAACGACCACAAGAGAAAAUACUUCCUGCAGACCACCGCCCCUCUGGACUACGAGCUUGUGAAGGAUUACCGAGUUGAGAUCGUGGCGGUGGACUCAGGAAACCCAGCUCUCUCCAGCACUAACUCUCUGAAAGUGCAAGUGACGGAUGUGAAUGACAACUCACCUGUCUUCGCUUCUGCCCAGCUGGAGGUGGACUUUGCAGAGGAAAAUCAACCAGGAGACAAGGUGUUCGACAUCGUAGCCACGGAUGCUGACAGUGGCAGCAACGCAGAGCUGACAUACAGUCUCAUCACUGCGGACUCUUCUGCGAAGGGGCUGUUUGAGAUCGACGCUGACACAGGGGAGGUGCGUGUGAGGAGCCCGCUGGACCGGGAGCACCGCGAUCGCUACCAGUUCCACAUCGCCGCCACCGAUAAGGGAGUGCCCAGCCACCGCGGCACUGCUGCAGUUCUGCUCAGGGUGCUGGAUCGGAACGACAAUGACCCCAAAUUCAUGCUGAGCACCUACAGCUUCUCCGUGCUGGAGAACAUGCCCCCCCUCAGCCCUGUUGGCAUGGUGACAGUCACAGAUGCAGACAAAGGGGAGAACGCCCGGGUUCAGCUUACCGCCGAGUCGGACGACGGAAAGUUUGUGAUCCAGAACGGCAGCGGCACCAUCCUGUCCAGCAUCUCUUUCGACCGUGAGAAGGAGAGCACCUACACCUUCCGCCUGAAGGCUGUGGACAGUGGAGAUCCACCCCGGUCCUCCUUUGUCGGAGUGACUAUCAAUGUGCUGGAUGAAAACGACAACGCCCCCUACAUUAUCAAGCCCUCAAACUCCUCCUACAAAUGCCUGUCCCCUCUGACCCGCCCGGACAGCCACGUGCACCAGGUGGAGGCUGAGGACAUGGACAUUGGUCCCAAUGCAGAGCUGACCUACAGCAUCGCGGGAGGGAACCCCCACGGCCUGUUCCGCAUCUCCUCCUCCGACGGGGAGAUCACCCUGGCUAAGGAAAUCACCCUGGGCCACAAGGGCCUCCAUAGGCUGGUGGUGAGGGUGAGUGACAAAGGAAAGCCCCAAAGACACACCACAGGCCUGGUGCACAUCUAUGUGAAUGAGACCAUCGGAAACAUCACCCUGCUGGAAUCCCUGGUGGGGCACAGCCUGUACACUCCUCUGGAGACCGACAUUGCCGGGGAGCCUGACCACAGCCUGGCCUCUCAGCACAGCAAUGUCCUCUACGGCAGCCUGGCCGGCAUCACGGGGGUCAUUUUCAUCAUCAUCGUCGUAGUGGUUGUCCGGCACCACCUGCAGCAGGAUGGUAAGAGUGGCUACCAGGCUGGGAAGAAGGAAAGUAAAGACCCCUACACCCCUAAACAGGCCCCCAAGCACAAGAGGGGCAAGAAGGGGAAGAAGGGUGGGGCAAGCAAGCAGGCCGCACCGUUAGAGGAAGACGAGGAGGAAGGCACCAGCCUAGAUGGUGUCAGCGUUAGUCCCAGGAUCCACUUGCCCCUGAAUUACCCACCGAGCAGCCCUGACCUGGGUCGCCACUACCGCUCAAACUCCCCUCUGCCCUCCAUCCAGCUGCAGCCCCAGUCCCCCUCCACCUCCACCUCCACCAAACACCAGGCUGUGCAAGACCUCCCCGCAGCCAACACCUUCGUGGGCACUGGAGACGAGAACUCCAUCAGCUCUGACCAGUUCUCCGACCAGAGCUACAAGCCCAACCCUCUGAAGUACGGCAGCAGACAGCUUCCUCAUCGGCGAGUGACAUUCUCCACAGCCAAUCAGACGCCUGACAUGCAGGAUCCCGCUGCAUCAGCGGUUUGGGGGUUGACCCCGUCCUCCCAGGGCCGCAUUGGGCCCCUGGCUGUGCCCGAGGAGCACUAUGAGAGGACCACUCCCGACGGCAGUAUCGGUGAGAUCCAGCACCCUGAGAGCGAUGUACGGUCUCUCCCUGACGUUACCAUGACGGGGAACUGCACUCCAGAAUGCACUGAAUUUGGUCAUUCAGACACCUGUUGGAUGCCAGGUCAGUCGUCCCCGACACGCAAGACCAAGAGUGCCCCAAAGCUCUCUACAUUCGUGCCUUACCAGGAGAGAGCAGGACAGCUGGCCAAUGGGCGUCCGGGGAGCGAGGAGGAACAGUGCACUGGGCCUCCGGCCUCCCACGGUGCCUUCCGCAAGGACACACCUGCCCGUCACACCUCCAAAAGAGAGAUCUACCUGUGAGGAGCACACAAAUGCCCCUCACUGAACCACCCAGAAGGUUUAAGUACAUGAAACGGAUUCAGCCCUACAGGAAUGUAAGCAGCAGCUCAUUGAUUUAUGAUGAUACAAUUAACUGUUUUUUUUUUUUCCCUUUUUUUAUUGUUUCCUGCAAUGCAUUGGUGUAAGACUGAAAGAUACAUCACAACAUUCCUGGCCUGUUCUGGAAGCCUGUGGAAUGUUGUAAAGGUAAUCCACCAGUCCUGCCAGAAUCCAUAUCUUAUCCAGCUCCAAAUAAAUCCCACUGAUGACAGUCGUUCUGCACAAGAGGAAAUAGUUAUUAAUAUUAAUAAAUCACACUAAGCAGACUUUACUGUACAGCGGUGUAAAUACAUUUUAAUGGUGUGCAUAUGUCUGUCGGGCUUCAGUGCUUUCCCUUUGGCUGUUAGGAGCUUCACAUUUGGGGCAUUUUGUUGUAGUUGUUUUACAGUGAUAAAGAAUUGUUGUUGUUACUGGAAGAAAACAGCCAGAAUUCAUUAGUUUGAGUAGAGAGUUCUGCGGCACAUGCACUGGUAACAGGGCCUGGUUGAAGGUCAUUUUAGCGUGAUACUUUAGAACAGCUUAGGAGGGGUUCUUUUGUAAUGUUUAGUCUUUGUUCUGUGGAAGUCUCACGUUUUGUAAAAACAAAAAAAGCCAAAAAAGAAAGAACACAUUGUGCUUAGUUAUAGGUUAUACACAGUCUAAAUCACUGUGGCUGCGAAGUACACUGUCCCCUCCCUGAAGAGGAACCCUGACCUGCAAACUGACCACACCAUGACUGUGCUCUAAAUGUAUCCUCCUGGCUCUCAAGCUCUGUUUUUUUUAGUUGGAAACCCCCCCCCCCCCCAGACUGUAAUGCAAAGGCACACGUCCAGAGUUAGGGGCUGCCACAGACUCUCAAAUACCCAGAGGUGCUAUUGUUCCUUAAUGAUGAGCUGGCAUACUUGAGAAACCACAGAGUAACUGACAUAACAAUUGUCAGUGCCCUUCCCAUAACAGUAUAAUAAUAAUAAUAAUAAUGUGUAUAAAAUAUUGCAAAAUUCAUUAAAGCUGCUGAUACCUGCUUCAGUUAGACAACAGUUUAUUGCAACAUGUUUCUAAUGUGCCAUAUGAAGUAUUCUAGCAUCCAAAAGCAGUAGAAAAUGAAGCCAAACCACAGUGCAUUAAUGUUGUAAUAUGCCUUUAAAAAGGUGUGUCACAGAGUUAGCAUCUGACCCUCAGUCACAAGCAUCAAUACUUCUCAGUCACUUACUUGCGGGGAGCAAGGGGCAGCACCCCGAGAGUUCCAGCAGGAAGGGGUGUUACCUUCAGCAGCAGGUGAGAGCGGACUGCCACUUGUAUGAUGGUAGUGCUGUGUUUAAGAGGUGUUUUCAUUGACAGAAGCACUGGAUUAACUGCUGCAUAGUUUUGGGACCAGGGUGGAUUUGCAUUCAGUCCUUGGUGACACCGGAUCAGAAGAUGGUGGAUGAUUCAGUCCUCAUAAUCACUGCCUCUCAGCUUCACAAAUAGCAUACUGCUCUUGGAGCUGAUCGCUGAAAUGAGAUAUAUUGUUCAGACAGCUAAUGUAGACAGAAAUAAUGACUGUUCUAAUGGCAUGCCUUUUUCCGCUAGUUUGAUUAUCGGUUCAGUCAAGUGAAAGUCUAUAGCUUCACCGUGCCAGUAACUUUUUUUUUUUACAAGGCGACAUAACAUUUCCAAUCAAUAAUAAUUCAAUGAACACAGUGCAUUUUGAUAUUUCAGAGUUCUGAAGAACCAUUGUAUUCACAUCUGAAAGAGCAUCAUUGUCUCAGUCAUGUCAAAAAUGUUAUGCAUGUUGAGAACACUUUCUCGCUCUCAGCUGUACCCACAGAUGCUGGCAGUUUCUAUUAACUCCAGUAACAGCUGACAUGCUGGACCUGCUACACCUGACGUCUUCAGGUAUUAAAUAAUGGAUGUAAUUAAGCAGUAAUUGUUAUCAGUCUUGAUGAUUCAUCUAAUCUAAUGGCUCAUAGAUAUAUAUAUAUAUAUAUAUAUUUUAUAUUCUCUCUUCCUACAUUUUUGCAGUCCUACAUCUGAAACUUCUAUUACAUUCACUAUGAUAAAUGUGCGAAAAGUAGAGAUUGACAUGACCCAAUACUACAGGCACUCUCAAUCACAUGACCCAACACUACAGGCCCUCAGUCACAUGACCCAACAUUACAGGCCCUCUCAGCACUGGUGACAUGAAAGGCUUUGAUAAAUCAGCAGCAUGUUUGAAGGUAGCAGCACAAAGAAGGUGGUUAGGUAGAAGGUUACUUCACCUUUCUAUGUUCUACUUUUAUGAGCAGUCUGUGACAGUUGUUAAAGCUGGGCAUUCACUAAACUGUAUCGCAGCUGAUUUGAGCAUCCCAGGCAAUUUUUCAAGAUCAGAGGAAAACCUCAUUAGGAGUGCUGUAGCUCUCUGUGUGUGAGAGUCAGCGUGCUCCUGCUAAUUGUUCUCCCGUUCUAUAACUUAUCUCUUCAGCAAAAUUUCUUCUGUGGGAGAUCAUCACUGACAGACCUGAGCAUAAUUAGAUUAUGGAGCUUUAGUUUGAAGUACAUUUCUGAAAUUGUAUUUCAUUAAUCGGGUUUAUUCUUGUCUGAACAUGCAUAUUACAUCAUAAAUUGCAAAUUUUGAAUGUGUUGUUCAGUGUAUAAUUACCAUAUCAGAUAGAAAUUACUUUCUCACAUUUACAUGCUGGUGUAGGCCAUCUUCUCUGAUACUACAGAAAAAUAAUGGAGCAACAGGAAAAAUAAGUGGAAUCCAUCAUUCAAAGUUUUUAUCACCCCUGAACACAUGAAUGAAACUGAAAACUAAAAUGUUUUCAUUUUAUAUAUAAUAUGACCGCUCGGAGUGUAAGGUUCCAAGAACAGCUUAAAAUACUAAUCAUCUCCUGUGCUCAUAUUGUGAGGGUUUUCAUGGAUCACAAAUAAUCAAUAAAGUGUUACUGUUGUCUCUGAGUGAUUACUGAUGAUUUAUGGUUAGAGCUUCUUUACUGUGGGAAGUAAUGGAUGUCAUUGUUCGCCUGAAUUACAGAAAUACACUGCCUUUAAAGUGUCUUUUCAGAAAGUAAAAUUGUUUGCCUAAAUGUUGGUUAUAUUUGUACAGAAAUAUACUUGUAAUGCCAUGUUUUUGCACAGUUUUCUGUAUCUGCAAGUGUGCUUUAAAACUUACUGUUUAAAAAAUGUAAUGGUUAUAGACAUUGUAAACUACUUAAGCUAGGGGCAUUAUUGGGUUGAAUGGGUUUCUUUGGUGUCACUGUGCUGUAGUGAUUCCCUAGCUUCUUUUCCUUCAAGGGUUCAAUGCUUUAUUUGGAUUCCACAUGUUUUAAAACUGAGAAGCUAGGUUGAUUAUACAAUGCUUGUUUUAUUCUUAUACGUUUCGUUUUGUUGAAGUAUUUGCAUGUUGAGAGAAUCCAUUGUAAUUAGUCUUCUAUUUUAAAGCUUCAUAAUAAAAUAUGUUCUGAAAAAUAAAUAA